AUGGAGCCUUUCCAGAAAGCUGGCAAGUCUGGUCCUCGAUUUGUAGAGGACCUCAUCAAUUACGACCCUGCUCAUGUCUCAAGCAACGGCCCCAACUUGCUUUCGCAAGUCCCUCCCAUUUGUCGCGCAAACCCCGAUGGUUCGUAUUGGGCCUUCACAUUCGAUAGGGAUAGCUGUCAACACAACUAUGUCGUAAAGAGCAAGCAAACAAAAUUCUCCAUGGAGCAUGGCCAAGGAGGCCGGGUUUCCGCUGUUUGCUCCAAAUGUCGUUGUCAUAUGCAGGUGGUCAUGGCUUAUCGAAGCACAUGGAACGAAGGGUCUACAACCAGCAGCGAUGCGGAUCAUUUGCACCAUUUUGUGUACACACCAUCUCAUGAUACUUUGUACCAACAGUCCUUCCAGGGACAAAAAAAAGACAGGUUCUCCUUUCGGUGUUCCAACGAUUGCGAAGCAAUUGUGUCUGUGCACAUUCAAUCGCCAAUUAUCAGCCCUCGGUUCGAACAAAUGUUGACUGAUCCACAACUGAUACGCUCUCGAACUGAGGAGGCAAUCAAGAUAUACCCUGCUCGCUUUGAAGGAGUGGUCCCAUAUUCUCCGAUUACUAUCUUGGAUAAUCUGCGCCGAUAUCUCAGCAAUUCUAUUGAUGGUAAAGGACGACCCAUCGCCGCAGACAAUCCGCGUUAUCUUGCCUCAUUUGGCCUCAGUACCGGGCCUUGCAGAGAGUUAUUACAGUUUUUGGGAUUUUCAUUCAGUGAAGUAACAAUCAAUUCGAGCUUAUCUUUGGAUAGCGAUGGGACCUGUCACCCUCCCCAGCCCAUUCAAGAUGCUUUUAUCCCUUACCGAGACGAUCAACGCAUUUUCCUUGAUAAUACAAUUGAAGAGCUUGUCUGUCUGAUCAAUCAGCGUCCCGCUUCAGAGCAAGAAAUUCUGCGCGAUCUCCCCAAGAUGCCUUCUCUCGCUAGAAGUGAUUUCUUCUCCGUCUUGGAGGCAUACUACGAUACAGUUGCAUACGAUAAAGAUCGCUUUGUUGGGAUGGAGCCGUUGUUAGAUUCCCAUUUCCCGCCCUUUCAACCCCUCUUACUGAUUCCGCUCUCCAGUUACCAUAACCUCGGAGCUGUGGAAGAUAUGACUUCUAGCCUGAUUGUGAAGUGUUUUGACCUGCAAAUGAAAACAGAUCCGACAAAUUCCAAAAUUUAUCUGCAAUCGCUGAAGCAAAUUACUGAUUAUCGCAGUACAUAUCAGAAAGACACGGCAACGCUUGCAGUGGCAAUUGAGAACGCGUAUGCUCAGGGGAAAUACACGCAGCGGGAUCUGACGGAUGCAGCUGAAUUCUUUGGCCUGCAUUGGCAUCAAGGUUUGAACCAUCGUCAUAUAAUUGACAAGUUUUAUGGACUGGGAAAUACCCCUAUCAAAUCUGUGGACCUUUCGGACGAACGACACGAAGUGGCUCGUGAAAAAUUGCGCAUUCUCGGUGAAGAGCUCCAAAGCGAGGAGAUCAAGCACAUCUGGGGCCAGAGUGAGAUCAUCGACAAAACCCCGCAAUUAAGUCUCAUAAUGCUCACAAUCUACAAAUUAGAUCUGUCUCGACUUGACCAUUCUUAUGAAUACCUUGGUGUUAAUAAAUUAGCCGAUGACGAUUUCAUCAGCGCAGCGUACACUGCGAAAAUUAUUGAUAGCCCAUUGGAAAAGGUUCAUGCUGACCGAGCACUCCAAGAUAUCGCGGAUGAACGAAAUUCUUUCGAGUUGAAGAAAACCCUCGCUGGUGACAUGACUCUCGCAGAAGCUUAUCAGCUGUUUGGAUUAGACCCAGCCACGACCGAUGAUGGCGAUCUUCUCGCCGUGUACACCUGUUGUCUUGCAGAUUACCCUGCUCAGGCUGAUGCAUAUGCACGCGCUCUUGAAAUAAUCGGUAGAGCAACGAAUAGUGCCAGUAUUAGGGAAAUGCUUGGAAUAUUUGACGAAUCGCCUUCAACGACUCUUUUGCCGUCCAGUGGUCCAGUUGGCCUGUACAAUAUUGGAAACACCUGUUAUCUGAACAGUUUACUCCAAUUCUACUUCUCUAUCAUCCCAUACCGAGAAUUGGUGUUGAACAUUGAUCAAUACAAGAUGGACGUGACUGAUGAACAGAGUCUGGAAAACAAACAGGUGGGAUCACGUAAAGUGACUAUGAAGGAAGUGAAACGUUCAUUGACAUUCCUUUCGUCACUUGCUUCUCUGUUUCGUGACAUGAUGAAUCCUUCUGGGAAACACUACGUCGUCCCGACGAAGGAGCUCGCCCGCCUAACUCUCAUCAGCCCAGGGAAUGAAGCUGCAAUCCGUCGUCGAUCAACAAUUAGCGCCGUCAAGCCUCACGGUCUUGGUGAAGUUGACGGUGCCGUUGUGCUGGGGCCCUUGGGCCCUCCAAAGAUCGUGGAAGAUAACCAGGAGCAACCGGUUGAUAUAAACAGCGAUGCCUAUGUGACCCUUGAAGUUGCUGCCCAUCCACCGCCGGUUCCUCCUAGACCCAGCCCCCAGCCUGAAUUUCACACUGAUUUCAAGACAAUCGAGGAGGCCGAGAUUGAAACUGGCGCUCAGCAAGACGUCAUUGAAGUCAUCAAUAACGUCCUCUUCCAGAGUCAGUGUGGUAUCAAACCGACUGCGAUUGAUAAGGACGGUGAACAGGUUGACAUGAUCAAAGACUUGUUCUAUGGUCAAACCCGAUCAUAUAUCUCUACCGCUAAAGGCGUACGUUCGAAGGAGGAGCGUUGGUGUGACAUCAAGGUAGAUGUAGUCGACGGACCGAGAGACAUCUAUGCUGCGAUUGAUGGGGCCUUCGAUGCGCAGAAGAUCAGUGUGGAAAAUUCCGAGGCUGAACAAUACGCGUCUAUCACUAGCAUUCCUCCAAUUCUCCAGAUUCAAGUCCAGCGAGCUCAAUUUGACCCCGUCACUAAGCUUGCUUACAAGUCAACAAAUCAUCUGCAGCUUCAUGAAGUCAUUUACAUGGACCGAUACAUGGAUAGUCCGGGAGCCCCUGAGUUAGUGGACCGACGACGCCAAUGCUGGGAAUGGAAGAAUGCUCUUGCUUCGGCUGAAGCUCACAGAAAAGACCUACAAAAGGUAGCGUUUAUUCAAUCAAUCACCCAAUUCAAACUCAAACACCAGCAAUCCCGUGACUUGCCAGACGAGGCGACACGUGCAAUCCUUCAUGAACUGAAUGACCUGGAUCUGGACGAAGACUCAUUAAUGGAAGAUGCCGAAAAUGAAGAACCCGACUCAUUGAACAGUGAAAUUGAAGACAUUGAACGAAUUAUGGCUUGUAUCUCCACUAGUAAGUUCCAAAACAACUCUCAUAUUUCUUUUACUGACACACUUGAAGCCUUGGAUAGUGAAAUCGAAGACUUGAAGGCGAAGAUCGGCAGCCAAUUCGACCACCCCCAAUUUCAGAAUUUGGCUUACAGCCUGUACGCAGUUUUCAUUCACCGUGGAACUGUAGAUCGUGGUCACUACUGGCUGUACAUGUUUGAUUUCCGACAGAACAUCUGGCGAAAGUACAACGACGAAGAUGUAACCGAAGUCAAGAACACGGACGAAAUCUUCAAGCCUUUCAACGUAAUCGAUCCGCAGACUUCCUACAUCUUGGUCUACCUUAACGAUGAGAAGAAGCACCUUCUGGCCAAUCCCGUUUGCCGACAGUCUGAGGGCGAAGAGACAGAGCAGAAUGAGUCGAGGGAUAGCCCGAUGAUCGAUCUCAGCGACUAA